AUGUUCACAUCUAUUUUGUGUAUUGCUUCAUUAAUAACUCUUCUUGAAGCUCAUGUUUCAGUUAAGAACGAAACGUUUGAACCAUUGUCAGAUGACAUCAUCUCGUAUAUCAAUCAACAUCCAAAUGCUGGAUGGAAAGCUGAGAAAAGCAACCGUUUCCACUCACUGGAUGACGCACGUAUUCAGAUGGGUGCAAGAAGAGAAGAACCAGAUUUGAGGAGGAGGAGACGUCCCACAGUUGACCACAAUGAUUGGAAUGUAGAAAUUCCAUCAAGUUUCGAUUCCAGGAAGAAAUGGCCUCGUUGUAAAAGUAUCUCCACCAUUCGUGAUCAAUCGCGAUGUGGAUCAUGUUGGGCUUUCGGUGCUGUCGAAGCAAUGAGUGAUCGAAGCUGCAUACAGUCAGGUGGCAAACAAAAUGUCGAACUGAGUGCUGUUGAUCUUUUGAGCUGUUGUGAAAGUUGUGGUUUUGGUUGUGAAGGUGGAUUCCUUGGUCCUGCUUGGGAUUAUUGGGUGGAGGAAGGUAUUGUUACUGGAAGUUCGAAGGAGAAUCACACCGGCUGUGAACCAUAUCCGUUCCCGAAAUGUGAACAUCAUACCAAAGGAAAGUAUCCUCCAUGUGGUAGUAAAUUCUACAAGACUCCACCUUGUAAACAAACUUGUCAGAAAAAAUAUAAAACUCCAUACAUCCAAGACAAGCAUCGAGGUAAAUCAUCCUACAAUGUUUAUAAUAAUGAAAAGUCUAUUCAAAAAGAAAUCAUGAAAUAUGGACCAGUAGAAGCGAGUUUCACCGUUUAUGAAGAUUUUCUAAAUUACAAAUCUGGAAUCUAUAAUCAUAUUACUGGUGAAGCACUUGGUGGGCACGCUGUACGUAUUAUCGGAUGGGGUGUGGAAAUCAAUACUCCUUAUUGGUUGAUUGCGAAUUCGUGGAAUGAAGAUUGGGGUGAAAAUGGAUAUUUCAGAAUACUACGUGGUCGAGAUGAGUGUUCCAUUGAAUCCGAAGUAACAGCUGGUCGAAUUAACGAGUAA